AUACAGCGGCACAUGCUUGUGUGUGUGUGCGUGUGUGUGUGUGUGAGUUAGAGAGAGAGAGAGACGAUAAGAGAGAAAAUGGGAGGCAGCAUCACCCACCCAGACUGAAAGGAGGGGAGGGCAGACAGCGUGCUCGUCCCUGUAACAGACAGAGGUGGAAGGAAAGUGGGCAUGAGAGACAGACGUUAGGGGAGAAGUGGAGUACAAUGAAGGAGUGCCAUUGUCCAUCCAGAGAGCACUGCCAUUUCACCAUCUGCUGAAAGAGACGGAGAGACACAGAGGAGGGGACAAGGAGAGGAGGCAGCCAAACGGAGGAGAGGAUAGAUGGAGAGAGGCUGCCGGCAGUGACUUUGUGAAUUAAUCGAGCGGAAGAGCGGAUCAGAGGAGAAGCACGUUUUUCAGGGAGUGGACGAGGGGAAGGAGAGGACAGAUGACCGGACAGUCUGUGGCUGUUUAUGUGGCUCUUAUGUGAACACCGAACCCAGCUUUAGAUGAAUAGCCAUGGAUUAACAACUGCAUUCUUUAUAAACCAAAAAAAGAAACUCCUAAUGUUUUGCCAUUCAUAAAAAAAAUAACAAAUGGCAAAUGUGGUAGACUUACUUCAUACUGGACUGCUUUAGUUACUCUUUGUUUGUGUAGACAUAGAUUCCCUGUGCGACUGCUGAUUCUCUAUUUUUUAUGAGCAUAGAGAGCUGCCCUGCAGGAUGUUAUACAAUCAUCUCUGUUAGCUGCUGCACAGAUUAUUCAGGUUGUUUUUAUGCAAGUUUUCUGAUCAUCGGUUGAAUUUUAAACAUGUGCAAGGUGUAGUUGUAGUUUAUAGAGUUUGUAGACAUAUGUGUAUUGUGGUUUGAAGUGGUGUCACUUUCACAUGCCCCUUUUGAAGUCGGCGCAUGCAGCCGACACAAGUUGUCAACAUUGAUUGGGUUUUAUGGCUGGCGCUAUGCUGGUCAAACUUUGAUCAUUUCCUGAACCGUAUUGAUCUUUCUAGGAGUCUGUAGUUUUUUGCUCCUGCUGUUGGAUGAAAAGAAAGGAAAAAGGCUCUAAUGUGCAGCCUUUGAUACAGCCGCUAAUUGCUUACCAUGUGAUUUGACUAAGCGGUUAUCUCUUUGAAGAUUUCUGCUGUUGUCGGGACUUCUCGGCAGAUACUCUCCGCAGGCAUCUCUUUUAAUGUCUGUUGCCAUAGCAACGGGCAGCAGCUGCAGACAGAACGAGAUGUAAAGUUCUUCUUCUGUUAUUUUUUUUCUUCUUUUGUUCUACAACUGGUGCUGUUCUAUUAGAUAAUUGUACAUAUUUCAUGGGUAAAACCCAGAGGACUAGAUUAGUCCUCUGUUGUGUGUGUUUCUUUACUCUUUUUACCGUUUCAGGGUUGUUUCAGGUCACCUAUUUCCCCCGCCCCAAUCUGUGUGUUUGUCCACUUUGAGUCUUUUCGGACCAUUUUUAUCAAUGGCAGCAACGAUUUUCAUCAGUCAAGCUGAUGGCUGUUAUCAGGCAUGACUGAUUAAAUGAGAUUACAGCUCUGAUUUCACCUUGUAUAUAUCAGCGGCUGCAGCUGCUGAAUCACGAAUCAUCAGAGUAGCUGAGCUGUUUUUGAAACUCUCUGUUCCUUUUACUGUUUGCCUGUUGGUGACUCAGGAUUUCUCUUCAUGUAGAGGAUUUUUUCCUCUUCUGUCACCUGACCUACACUGUGUUCUGUGCACUGAAACACCCCAGGGCCAAGGUUGAGUCAGCAGGCCUUUGUUUGAGAAAACCUGGAGAUUUGUUUCUAUUGUUACCACUUUAUUAAUAUUAUACUUGUUGCCUUUUUAAGUAGUUAUCCUCCUUGGACUCGAUUCCGCUUUAGGAGCAUGACAGAGGUUUUCAUUUAUUCUGCAUGUCCUUCGAUUGUGCAAAUACUCAGUGUCUUUUGUGACUUUUCCAGCCAUAUUUCUUUACAGCUUUCUGGAGAUUAUUUCAGCCUGUCUGGCAGUGAAUGAGUCUAACUGGUUCCUUCAUGGUGCUUUUUGGCCAAGACCAGAUGGAUGACUAGCUAGAAUUGCUAGACAGUCCCUCUGUGGUGCUAGACCAGUGUAGGCGACUGAUUCCUUCGCAUCCAGCAUCCAGCGCAAACCACAAUGUUGAGUUUUUCAGGCCUAUGAAAAAAAUCUGCAGCUUUGCUUGGCAUUAUAUGAAGCGCUGGUGUGAAAUUUUUCAACCAAGUUGUGGAGGGGAAGGUGUGUGUUCUCCUCUGAUGAGUAAAGGUCACCAGACUGUAAAUAUGACUAGUGCUUCGGCAGCACUAAAGUGUGGACCGGCCAGCUCGCUGCAGGACUGUUGGUGUAGCCUUGCCUCCUACUGAGGUCAAACUGUCUCUGACUGUUUCAUUUGGGGGGAAAUAAGUUGUGAGAGACUGUUACUGUAAACAGACUGUUUGCGUUUUUCGGUUGGACUAUGCAGAGUAUGAAAUGUCAUGUGGCAUCUGUAGGGUCCAUCUGAGAGCUAACUGUCUGCUUGACUUGCCCAGCCUUAGAUAAGCAGGGCGGCUGUCUGGAAUAUAAGACUCGUGUCGUCACUUUUCUCAGGUAAAUGACUGUAAUUUGGGUGAGCUCUUUUGGACAGGCCUGUAAUAAAGUCUCUGGAUGAGAACAGUUGUGCGCAGAGAUAACGGCGUAGCAACAGCGAGCAGUUUUUUAAUUGAGCUGCUGGGCAAGUGGGUUCACGUUGAACACUGACAAGACUCCAUUCAGGGAACCCUGGGUUGGGAGUUCGAACCCAACCUGUCAGGUCUCAUAACCAUCAAAACAAGCCCGCCGGUACUCGUCAACAGCCAAUGACCUACAUUCAACAGUGUUACAUCACCGUCGUGCUACUGCUGUGUGUGUCACUGUAUCAGACGCACACAGCAUCUCAGACUCAACCUACUGCUAUCUAAUGGUGCUCCAGGAAUGGUGCUCCCAACCACAGUGGCCAACCUUAGGGAACACACUUGAACAAAGGCAGGCUCUCUUAUUUUAGUCAUAUCAGGAACUUUGGUCAGGGACGGGCUCAACUCUGCCAGCCCAGUCUUAAUUAACACACUUGGUUUCUUCUUUUCUUUUGGUUUUCUCGUGGUGUCUAAAGUAACCAUGUCUAGCCUCUAGCCAUCUGUAAUCCUUGGCUAGAGAGGCAAAAAGACACGGCUGACAGUUAAUAUAUUAGAGUGCGCGGUCGUUAAACAGGACAGCCUGGAGAACGGGCGAGCAAUCGAGGGAGGGGGAGAGGGGGAGCGAGAGAUCAUCUGGAAGAGGAGAGAGGAAGUGGUGGCGCGUGAGAGGGCGGAGGCGCUGGAGAGACAGAGGUUGGCAGAGUACAUUGUGUGGAGGAAGAGAGAGGACUUUCAGGAUAAGAAAGGAGACAGAGAGAAGGGGGGAAAGAGUAGAGAGACGGGAAAGGAGGCCUCGCCAGAAGUGAUCUGGAAAAGGAGGGAAGAAGAAGAAGGAGACGCGGGGCGGGAGAGAGCGAGGGCCAUUCAGAGAGGACACGAAAACAUUUGGCGGAAGAGGGAGAGGGAGUAGAAAGGGGCUGGGUGACAGAUUUGAAAAUACGAUGCACAUGAAUAGUAGAGUGCACUGCUGCCAAGGGGUUCGAGACUAGCCAUACAUCAGUAAGCCUCCUCACUGGGUAGCAGCUCCGGCCUCCAUUGAGCUCUGCAGGUGCUCGCUGUGUUAUCGACCAGUUGAAGUCGUGUAUGAUCUGUGCUCCACCGCUGCGUUAGCGUGCACAGCCCCUCUCGCAAUCCCCACGUUGGCGACUAAUAGGAUUUUUACAAGCCCAUGUCAGGCUGGAUAGAGCUGCCAAGGGGAGCUACUUCACACAAGCACGCGCCAGGACACAUAUACGCAGAUAAUCAAAGAAGCAUUGUGGGCAGGGAAGGUUCAUAGCCCCUCACACAUGGAGACACGUCAUAACUAAGUGCGUGAGACACAUGUGAGGGGGUGUUCAGAGACAAUCACUUGUGUUGGCUUUCCAUGGUUUUGGCGACAGCUGAAUAACUGGCCCGCGCUCUGGGCCGAUUGAACUGGGACGGGAUACUCACAGAUAUCGUUUUACAUGAUGGCAGAACCCCAAGAUGAACCCUCUGUGGAGAGUUAAGAACUCGUUCCCAGAGAACCUGAGAAACAGAGUGAUUUCAGAAGAACUGCGGACAACAUGAGCUGUGCUGGUGCACUAGAAACCUUUUUUCCUCUGUAUGCUGCCAUUAUCUGGAACACCCCGCUUUUCCUCGGCGCCUUCGCUCAUUCUGCUCUCUCUGUGGAUAAAGCUGUUUUUGAAGCAGUUUGGCUGCCUGGAAAUGAGUGGAGGACAGACAACCAAACAGAUGGAUGGAGCGCUUACUCUGAGCAAGACAGACAGAUGGCUGUGUGUCCUUUAGAGAGAAACUUUGAAUCGUGAGACAAAGACACUUUGAUUAAAUCGCUAGAGCCUUUGUGGACCUGCAACGGCAGAAAAACUUACAUUGCAGAUUCAUUAUGGAGCUUGUGCCGAAACCCAAGUACACCCACAUCCGGAGCGAUUCACUGAGCUCAACUGAUGAAACGAACUCCAAUCCAUCGUCAUUCCCUCCUUCCAGCCCGGCCACCCCUUUAACCCCCUCUCCUGGUUUGCCUUCUUCUCUGUCCUCCUCGUCUCUUACUCCCAUCUUGCCCCCCACUUCUCCCCGUCCGGCUGAGAACAGCCCCACCACCCUCUGCUCCUUCUUCCCUCGGAUGAGGUCCCUUCGUCUGGAUGUGUCUGCUAAUCUUCUCCCGGGGCUCAAGGCCUCGAGCAGGUCGCAGCAGGCUCAGGCGCCUGUUGAGUCCUCCGGAGAUGACAGGAGCAACUCUAGCUCCUCCCCUCCUCUUCAUCAACCUGUCCCCCUCCUAACUGCUCCCUCUCCCCCUCCCCGGCCUCCCCUGCAGGACAUGAACCGGCUUGGAGGGGCGUCCAGGAGGGCACGGGUGGAAGGAGGGCAGCUGGGAGGAGAUGAAUGGACGCGCCAUGGCUCCUUUGUUAACAAGCCCACCCGCGGCUGGCUGCAUUCCGACAACGUGGUCAGCACCACUGGUGUUUCCUACACUGUACGGUACAUGGGUUGCGUGGAGGUGCUACAGUCAAUGCGAGCGCUGGACUUCAACACCAGAACUCAGGUCACCAGGGAAGCUAUCUCUGUGGUGUGUGAGGCAGUACCCGGAGCCAAAGGCGCCCGCAGGAGAAAGCCUUCCACUCGAUGUCUGACGUCCAUUUUAGGGAAGAGUAACCUGCAGUUUGCCGGGAUGACAAUCAGCCUCACCAUCUCAACCAGCAGCCUCAAUCUGCUGGCGUCAGACUGCAAGCAGAUUAUCGCCAAUCAUCACAUGCAGUCCAUCUCCUUCGCCUCUGGAGGAGACCCAGACACAGCAGAGUACGUAGCAUAUGUGGCCAAAGAUCCAGUCAACCAGAGAGCGUGUCAUAUCCUGGAGUGCUCGGAGGGUUUAGCCCAGGAAGUCAUCAGCACCAUCGGGCAGGCGUUUGAACUGCGCUUUAAACAGUACCUGAAGAACCCCCCCAAACUGGUCACGCCUCAUGACAGAAUGGCUCCAUUUGACGGCUCUGCAUGGGAGGAGGAGGAUGAAGAGGCUGCUCCUCCUCCUGAGGUCCCUUAUUAUAAUAAUUUCCCUGGAAAACAGCCUCCCCCUGGUGGACUGAUUGACAUGAGGACCCGACCAGGAGCCACGCUGCCCUAUGGACAACCAGGUCAAAAUGACAUUCACAAGCACCCUCUGCCUCCUCUGCCAGUUGGCGCCAAAGAAGGACCUCGAGAGCUGUUUGAUGACCCAUCAUAUGUCAACGUGGAUAAACCCCGUCCUCCACUUGCUGCCAAUGGAAAUGCUCACAGAGAUGCUUUUGACAUGAAGCCAUUUGAUGAUGCCCUGGGGGUUGCAGUGACAGCAGCACCCGCUCUGGUGCAGCAGUUGCAGAAUGAAAUCUGGUUCCACGGGAGUUUAAGCCGCAGGGAAGCUGAGAGGCUGCUGACCCGAGAUGGAGACUUCCUGGUGCGGGAGUCUGGGACCACGCCCGGCCAGUACGUCCUCACAGGACAGCAGGGGGGUCAGGCCAAACAUCUACUACUGGUUGAUCCCGAGGGAGUGGUGCGCACAAAAGACCACCGCUUUGGAAGCGUCAGUCACCUGAUCAGCUACCACAUGGACAACAGACUUCCCAUCGUGUCAGCUGGGAGCGAAGUGUAUCUCCAACAACCAGUGGAGCGCAGGGCCUGACGCGACACACACUAAUGGAUUACUCCACAAAAAUAGACACGCUUUUGCAGCAGAUCAACACCAGACACACGCACACACACGCGCUACGAAACAUUUGUUAAUAUGCACACACUUCAGAGAAAUCCCCCCCCUCCCCCAAAAAAAGAAAAUAAUCGAUCAUGUUGUUCUGCAAAAUCACUCACUUGCUGCUGUCGCUUCAUAGUCGUGAUAAACUGUGACAUGCAAUCCCUCAUCUUCCCCGCAAACUAUCAGGUGCAUCCUUAGGACGCGGAGAAGAACCAUUUCCCUUUCCCAACCUACUGUGAACUAUGUAAGGAGGAGCCCUUUACGAGUAUCAGUACGGGGCAGAAUAAAAUGCAAUUUUUUUUAAGGAAAAAAUAUGCAUUGACAAACAAUUCUGAAAAAAAAAACACAUCUGUUGAAACAUGGAACUGUUUACUGAAAUUGUUGAACUGAAGAGGAACAGCAAGAGGGAGGGAAAAGGUUCCUUCUUCAGACUGUUGCUGGAGCAUUUGAGGCAAAAAAAAGCAGGUGGAAGGAGCUGUUUGUUUCGGGACUGCACAGGGCUCCACCUCUGCCUUCAAGUGUCACUGGAGAACAGCGGCGAAUGCGUCUCUGAUGGUGAAUAUGCAUCAACAAGUUUGCUUCCUAUCUUAUCAGGAGUGCCACCCCACCCCCAACCAUGGCCCAAUUAAGGACUUUUGAACUUUGACCCUUCGAGGACAGUCUGUAUGCAAAAUUGGAACUGCUAUGCUAAAGACCAUCAUAUAUGUUCUUUUUGUGUAUAUUGGUUUGUUAUGUCGAGUGUCAUCACUCACUGAACAUUUGGAAAACAGGAGGAUCAUAACAGCUGUAUUUACCUGGUCCGUUUGCACAGACAGCUACAAACACACCUUUAAAACACACACACAUAACACCACACCUCUUGUCAUGCCAAAGAUCAGAAACGUGGUUGCCAACUGUAGAGAAGAAAGCCAUGGCAACUGUCAACAGUGGCGUGUUAUGCUCAUAUUCAAACAGGCCUGUUUUGGAGCAGAGAGUGGGAUUGUGCCUGAAUCCAGCAUUAAAAAAAACAUCAGAAGAAGCUUUUUGAAGUACUUUGAUGUCACCCUUAAACACAAAAACUAGAACAUUUUGAAAAGCAUACAGCGGAUCAGUUCUAAUGUUUGCUUUUCCUCGACACCUUAGUACGUGUUUGCAUUGACAAUCGAUUGGCAAUAUCUUAAGAGGAAAAGCAAAGAUGGAUAAGCAACACAGUUCGAUCUGCUAAACUAUUGCAAAAGUGUGUUCUUGUAAUCAAAUGUGUAAAAUUUGUGUAUUGUGAGGGGAAAAUCUAAAAAAAAAAAGUGUGAAACAACUGACUAGAUUACUAAAAAAAACACGUUUUGGAGCAUUGCAAAUGAUGAAAUGUUCAGCCAAAUGUUGCUCCUUUCUGUGUGUUUUUUUUCGUUCGUUUUUUUUUUCACAAGCUUACGAGGAUCUGUACGGAGAGAUUUGUUCUCUCCUCUCCUCGCUCAGUUCAUGAGGUUUUUGUAUCUUUUUAAUUGUGCCUUGUUUCUUCAAUGCAGUCGCGUCACUUCAAUGCAGUCACCCUAUGUACUUAAGUCAAAUGUUAUCAAAUGCAGGAGAAUUUCUGACUUUAACACAGACUCUGCAAAAAUGACACUUCAAACACACAAAGACAAACAGCUCCAGUGAUGGCAAUCUCCUCCGAUGCACCUUCUUGCAUCCAGCUUCUAGUCACAGAUACUUGAUGUCACCAUUGGGGAGGGAGGUAUUUCCCAAUCACUUGUAAAUAACACGGAUUUUUAAAUGACCACCUUCAUUGUUUCCAUUGUAUAUUAAGACUCAUACGAUGAGUGGCAGCAUUAAGGUAGCUAGGUAGAGAGCAAAGCCAAAAUCUUAAAUUACAGACAUAAAUCUGAAUUUUUAAGUCGUCACCAGACUCUGGCAGUGUGUGUAUGUCAUCUACAAGCCAGAGCUACGGCACCCACAACCCGCCCAUAUCAUUUUUGUGGGUCAGAAAUAGGAAAGCCAGAUAUUUUGCCAUUAUUGUGUGUGCCUGUAUUGCUGGAACACUCACUUGAAGGUCUGUAUCAUUAGUGAACUGGUCAUGUGUUGCCAUUGUUCAUCACGGUUGCCUUUGUUGCAUGCAGAUCCUCUCAAAAGACUAUUGUGGUUUGUUGUUGUGACAGUGAUAGUGUUGAUGAUGCUGUUGUACUUUUUUGUGUUUUUUUUCAAAGCCAAAGGUUACUUUUGAUUAGCGUGCACAGAUGUUAAUUUUCACUUUAUAUUUGUCAUUUGAAUAAUUUUUGUUGUUGUUUUUAGAGGGAGGAGGACCUAUCUGUUUACACCUGUAUCUGAAAAUAUAGAUUACAUAUAUAAAUGCAUAUAUCAUUCAUCUGUGGCUGUGAUUGUGGCUUUUAAUUCAAGCACCAAAAAAAAAUGGGCACACAGUACCAGAAAGGAAGAUCACGGGUCACGUGCUGUUCUGAACAAAGUGGGAUGAUAUGGGUAUUGUACUGAAGCUGCUGGAACUCUCCUGUUUGGGAACAGAUGAAGCUUUGACCCUAGGAAGCUUAUUCAGGGAUUAUUAGAGCAAAGGCGGGUUUUGUAAGGGGUUACAACACAGGGGGACACCGCACUGAAAAGGUAAACAAGGCCUUUAAUGUGUCAGUGGCUGUUCGAAACCCGGGAGGGGUCGAGAAAGAGCCUGAUGUAAAAGCACGCAGCUUCCAGCGUGUGCAUGAGUUUAUAAGUAGAGGUGAAACCUGUCAGUGAUAUGAAGCAGACCCUGGCUGUUGCACGGGUCCAGUCCGAUCUUAUGUGGCAGGCAUCGACCUACAUUCCCUCUCUCUUGGCUUAGCCUCUGUCUUGACGCUUCAUCUGAAGACAUGCACCCCCAGCGCCCUCUUCCUCAGGCCAUGCCCUCCUCCUCCUUGGGGCAGCAACUGCGGGAUAUGGCUAUGGGUCUGGGACGAGGCAAGAACUUGCUGGGAGGAAACUUUGCCUAUGGCUUCGUCCAGUCUGUGAAGGAGUGCCUUUAUUUUCUCCUCUGCUGCUGGUGCAUCAAAGAGAUCCUGGACUGACGGACUGAAAGAGAGUAUAUCAAGUGGCAAAAGAUUGAUUUUUCCCAUUUACCUGUUAGCUCCCACAGUGCAUUUUCAGUCAGCAUUAAUUUAAUCAAGAAUGGAGUGUUUGAUCAGCACCACUGGCGGAACAUUGGCUGGAUUCAGUGGACCUCUCUUGGGAGGCACUCGAUUAGGAGACCUAAAUUGCGGAGGAGUCAGGCGAAGCCUGGAAGGGGCCAUGUCUGGAGGCAGCAGUUCCAACAACAGCUGGACCAUCCUCACUUCUGAGGAAACUGCUGCUGAAACGCUGAGGCCCUUGGCAGCAGCGGCCCAGCAGCCUGAGGACGGCCAUACAUCUGCAGCAGGUUGUGGAGAGAACAGCCAGUCUGCAAAUGGUGCAGAGUCUGCAGAAAGGCUCCCUGCGGAGGACUACCUUGCAUCGGAAGAAACCCCAGAGCAAAGUGGAGACUCAACCUCAGAUCUGCACACCGCAGCUGUCUCCGAACCCCCCCUUCCGUCCUCUCAGGGAGCAUCUGCCACCUCGGCCCUGGGCAGUGAUGCAGUCAGCCAGGCAGAAGGCCUACCUGAGGGCCCUGCACAGCUCAGCCCUGGCACCGAUUCAUCCUCUGACUCUUACACCCUCCUAACCCCUCCGCUUGAUGAGCCCCCAGUCCCACUGCUCAGCACAGAGACUCUUGGAGGUGCAGAGUUUGCACAGGAAGAAACGCUGCCUCUGCAAAACGGUGAGAAGCUGCACCCGGAGGGGGAGGAGUCAGCUCAGCACCCAAAGUCAAGUGACCUAAGUAAACAGGCAGUGUACUUGGUGGACCAGCUGGUCAUGGACUUGUUCCGUAUCUGGGCCAGGAAGUUGCAGGGAGAGGAUGUGGUCGACUCUCCUGUGGAUUCAGAGAUCAGUGAGGACAGAACAGAGAAGACGGAUGAAGCACCAGAUGAGAGGAGGAAAAGGUCUCUCUUGGCAGCACUAGAGCAGAUUGGAAGGAGAGAGGAGGAAGAGGAGGAAGAAGAAGAGUAUCAGGUUCCCCAGCGAGAAGAAGACAGUGGUUUCUCUGUGAACAAGUGCAUCCUGGGUGCUAUCAUUUUGUUAGGUCUCGGCACCAUCUUUUUAUCAGGUAUCUUCAUGGACCUGGAUGAGGAGAACGAUUAUGCGACGAGGGAGCUGAAAGAUGCAGAGCCACCAGGGCAACAGGAGUGGCUCAGUCCUGAGGUUCGUCCUCUCCGAGUAGAAGGUGACAGUUCAGAGCUCCUGAAUAAGUUAGCUGAAGGAAACCAGCACAUUUCAAGACUACAGGCCAAUCUUCAGGCACAGAAAGACGAGCUAAAUGUAGCCAAGGGACAGGCAGCAGAGGGAGCGAAGGAGAUGCUGCACUGGGAGGAGGUGGAGAAGGAAAACAGUAGGUUAAAGACAGAGGUGGCAUCUCUCCCUGUCCUUCAGAAAGAGAACGAGAGGAUGAAGAAAGAGCUUGAGUCUGUCCCGGCCCUACAGAAAGAACUAGAAACACUGAGAUCCACUGUGACUGGAUUAAAACUCUCCUCAGCAGAAGGUAAGGCAGCUCAAGAUAAAGUGAAGCCUGCCACACCGCCCCCCAGUGGCCAACCAGCAGACAGCAGGCAGGCCGCAGCCGGGUCCACAGAGAGACAGGCCAGGACGCCACAGGAUGACAAGAAAGAAAAGACUGAUCUUAAAAGGGAGAAAUAUGAAAUAGGUGACAAGAAACAUGGAAAAGAUAGACAACAAUCUCAAGAGCCUAAAGAUGGUGGUAAGAAAGAAUGGAAGAAAGGAAAACAUGAGCAAGUUAUGUUUGAAAAGGAGAAAGAUAAGGCAGGAAAGCAAAAGAAACACAGUGAUGAUACGAAGCAAUGGGAGGAGAAGAACAGGAAAAAAGAGAAAUUAGGCAAAGGUGAUGACGGAAAACCUUGGAAGGAGAAGGAAGGCAGGAAUGAUUGGACAGAAAAGAGUGGGAAAAAAGAAAGGAAAGAAGAUAAAGACUGGAAAAAGGGAAGGUUUGACAAAACAAAUGAAGGUAAACAAUGGAAGGCUAAGACAGAAAAAAAGGACGGUCAAGGAGGAAAAGAUCGUGGUGAGAGACACAAGGACAAGGAGGAAUGGAAUGGAGACAAGGAGUGGAAGAAAGUGAAAGAUGGCUUUAAAGAAAGUAGCAGGGAGAAGUGGGAGAAGAAAGAGAAAAGAGAGCUGAAAGGGUUGAAGAAAGACCGGGAGUGUAGGACCAAAGAUGACAAAGAUCAUGCAAAAGAAGGGAAAGGAAAGAAUGAAAGGAAGCGAUGGGAGAAUGACAAAGAAAGGACGGGGAACAGUGAGAGGAAACAGUGGAAUGAGCACGAGUCAGGCAGAAAACAAGACAAGGACUGGAAGAGGAAGGACGACAAGAGGGAUCAGAGGAGCAAGAAAGAGGAGGACUGGAAGAAAAGGGGACAGAAAGAGAAAAAGCAAAACGGAGAGGGGAAAAAAGACAAGGCGCACUCGCUAACAAACAAACAUGAGGACAAACCGACGCAAAGUCACGGCCACAGGGAAGAGCACCUUUACGGGGACGGAACCCCCCCGCACACACACCGCAGGCCCUCUGUGGGACAGCCCGAGUACUGGGCCCGGCAGAGAGACCGGCUCCAGCACAACCCCACACCGCCUCAGCACUGUGAGUCUCUGGAGAAAUGCGCUCAGGCCGAGCAGCUGCUCCCCGUCCCCUACCCCGAGUUCCAGGCCCUCCUCCACACCUACCUCACCAGGGCAGGGGAGGCGGGCGUGGCCGAUUCCGAAAGGGAGGCGCUCGGAAAGCUUGCCGCGGAGUUCUUCAAGGACGGCGUGUUUGUGCACGAGCAGAUGAGCUUCCAGGAGUUUGCCGAAGAUGUGGCCGAUAUCUUGGAGGACCUGGUGGAGGGGGAAGAUGGGGGAGACGAAGAUAGCGCCAUAGAGGAAGAAAUGGAGGGCUUUGAGAGAGAAGUCCUGAAGCGGUUUUCAGUGCCAGGAGCCAGAGAGAAAGUGGGGAAAAUCAAAGGGGAGUGGAGGAAGGAGAGCGGACAGAACCGUGGCUGAUGGGGUGAUAGGAUAUCUAUAAAAUAGCAGCUGAGACGAGUGAGGACAGUCGAGGGUUUACUCAGAGGGAACACUUCCUUUGGGACCACAAAUGCUUAAAGGUAACAUCAGUCAGCCUGUCAUCCUUUUGCAGGAUGCCCUAUCUCAAUGUGCCACUUCAAUCUGUCGUCCAUUAGAAGUUUUACCCACGCACACACACACACACAC